AUGCAACGGGAGCAUCUAAAUUCACGACACGUACUCGUCGCAAUCGAUCCGCAUCGAUCCCUCAACAUCGUCUUGUCGUCGUGUUUAUUAGGCCUUGACAUAAAAACUUGAUCACAAUCCUACAAUUGAAGUUCUAACAAGCCUUGUCCCUGUUGUCUUUCUUGAGUUAUCGAAAAUGCAUCGUUCAGCCAGCACGAGCCGCGUAAUAGAUGACCAUUACAGUUACUACACGAUGUCCCCGUCAUCAAAAGUCCCGACAGCCUUAAGAGCUCUGUCGGGGGAGUCUUUCGAGCUCCCCUCGUACGAGCCCCAAUCCGAUCCAGCCAAGAAGGAAAAAGCGCGCGCCAAAUUCGCCGAGAAGGCUGUCCAUUUGAUUCCUCUAGUUCUUCUCCUUUGCGGAUUUAUUCUAUGGCUCUUCUCCAAUCCAAAUAUUAGCGCCGGAGGCGACGUGGCAAUAGGAGAGAAGGUUAAGGGAAUGGCGAUCGACGGUGAUCUGGACAGCCACGGCCAUCGCCAUCUGCCGGCGCAUAUGGGCGAUAUCGACAAGGAGAAGCUUGGAGAUGCUGUAAUAACAGCCAAGUUUCCUCGGAUUAGAUCGUGAUUUUGGGAUGGAUUAUCAGUAGAAGCAGCAAGAGCAGUAGUUUUUAUUGCAAUUAAGAAAUGGAUUUAUUUCAUUUGGCAAACUUGUUCUUGCAGAGGUCUUUUUUUGUGUGUAGUAAUACGAUGGAAAUAGAGACAUGAGGUAAAAUAGGUAAGAAAACUAUGGGAAAUGUGUGUUUUGAUGUAUGUUUGUGUUUAAAUUUUAGGUUAGAACAAAGUAUAUUAUGUAUCUUUGUACCUUCUGUAAAUCCCACACUUCUAAUAGU